UUGCGCCAUGCCGGCGCAACACACCAUCAUGGGGCGGCCUGUCGCCCUGCAGAUGCCCCCAAGGAGGUUCCAGAUCCUCUUCAUCGUCAUCAUCUUCGUGGUCCUGAAUCUGGUCUUUUACGGCACCCCGUCGCGCGAGAGCCUCCCCACCUACGACCAGGUAGCCGACGCUGUAAAGCAUCCCCAAGCCCACGUUCCCGACCUGGGCCAACUCCCCGCUGUCCCCAACCCAUUUGGACCCGCCGCCCACAAGCCACCAGUCCAGGCCAACAGCACUGCCGCAAGUGCGUACGGCGCCAUAGAGUGGCUGAGUGACUUCAAAUGGCGCAAUCCCUUUUCGUCGGCCGUGACGCUGGACGCCAACACGGCCCUGCUGCCGCCGCUGCGCGAACGACCGCCCGUUUACACCUACUACGACGUACCGAAAAAGCAGGACAAAGACAUAUCCGCAGCCGAGCAGCGACUGAUUCUGGCAUGGCGGCGGGCGUGGUGGGCACAAGGGUUCAAGCCCGUGGUACUGUCGCGCGAUGAAGCCAAGCACAACCCACUGUACCAGCUAUUUCAGCGCAUGAAACUGGAGCCCAAGAUUGAAUUCGAGGUCAUGCGCUGGCUGGCCUGGGGACACAUGAGAGGCGGCAUUCUCGUCAAUUGGCUGGCCCUGCCCAUGGCCGAGUACGAUAACGCCAUGCUGAGCUUCUUGCGACGCAGCGAGUAUCCCAAACUGUCAAGAGUCCAGUCUCUCGACAAUGCCAUCUUUUUUGGAGAGAAGAUGGCCGUCGACGAUGCCCUCAAGAAGCUCUCCAGCAACGAGCUGCUGAAAAAUGUUACGGCAAACAAGGACAAGCUCACCAAGCUAGCCAACAAGGAAGGUGGAGCUGUCGUCAAUCUCCUGGCUGCGGCGGACGUGGCAGUAGACACAAAGGCCAACGGGAUUGCGUCCUACAACAGGGCUGUCAUUUCGAGCAAGUACAAGACGGUUGCCGACAAGUUUACCAACAAGACCCAAGCGGAAGCGCUGACUCUGCUCGAGAACCUCAUCAACUCGCACCUCCAUUUGACGUGGCAGGAGCAAUACCCGGAAGGCGUAGCAAUCGCCAAGCCAGUGCCGGAACAUACAACUGCGCUCAUGUAUGAGGCCACCAACAUCGGACGCAACCUCACGCAAUGCCCAGCCUCACCACUGCCCAAGUCAUGCCCGCCCAACCGACCAAAGUGCAAGCCGUGUGACAACAACAAGCCAAUGAAACUCCAAGUGUUUCCGGAAUUCGUAAACACCACCAAGUUUUUCACCAUUGGCACUGUUCCGCAUCCAUACACGCUUACUUCGCUACAUUACACGCGCGACACACUCGAUAGCAACUUUCUGCGCAACACGGCGGCACGCGACAUCUGGAUCCGCAAGCUGACUGGCAAAUCCAUCCCAGGCCAUCAUAGUGAGGAGGUCCGCGUACUCAAGUUCAAAGAGCUCGUAGCGGCAGCCCCUGCGCAUUCACUGUGGCUAACAGCUGAACGCAUCACCCAAGACGAUCUCGACUGGAUUUUUGGCUUUGGUCUUCCUCAAAUCGCAUCCGACACCACCGAGCCUAGUUCGCCGAGCAAGGACUCGGAGCUCAUCAUAUUCCCCCGCCCAGACCCGCCCAAGCCCAUUGAAGGUGUCGACGUGCCCGAUGAAAAAUGGGUUGAAAAGGAAGAAGCACGCCUCAACAAGGCUCGGGAUGCCAUCAAGAGCAAAGACAGGAACAUGAAAUCGGUCGUAGCUGCAGUGGAGCUAUGGAACAUGGCCGAUACUGAAGCUUGGCGCUUCUCUAGGGCGUAUUCUGCAAGAAGACGACAGGAGAGAAAGAAGUGGGAAGAGGAAGAGGCGAAAUACUCGGGCAGUGAGAAGAAGGCUGGCGUUAGGCCUGGCGAAGGUGGAGGGAGAUGGACAGAUCGGAUAUAGAUGUUGAAUAAUUAGCACUGCAAGGCGUUCUGGCGUCAUUGGAUUAUGGGACCUAUAUCAUAGUGCAUUCAAUUCGCCCAAGAUAG